UCCUAUUAGUGGUAGUGCAGAAAACAAAAUACGUCAUGCAAAUUAAAUUAAAUAGAGACUGCAAUGUCCAUUUUAGAAUUAGUAGUAUUAAUUAUAUGUAUGAUUUCCCAACCACAGAGUAGAACAGAAGCGAAGGCCUCCAUCCAUCCAAUAAAUUCACAAGAUUCAUUCUCCCAAUCUUUACUCAACUACUUCCUUCUCACAUCAUUCAUCACUCCCUGCGCCGCCUCAUCUCACCAUGUGAAAUCCACCCACAUUCACACCCAAAUACUUCAAUGGGCUGCUGCGCCAGCACCAAUAAACCCACCCCACCUCCAAAAACCGCCCACAUUCCCACCAAUCACGGCGGCGUUAGCAAAUCGCCGCCCCCCAGCGUCGAAGAGGAAACAGUCAAAGAAGUCCUCUCCGAAACCCCCACACUCCCCAAACCCCCUCCAGAUUUCCAUGCCAAGUCUCAGAGCGAGAGCCCCUUCAUCAAGUCAGCCCCCCUCCUGCAAGACAAGGACCGCCACAAGCCGCCGUUCAUGGCCGAUGAUCUGUCCGAGGCAUCCGAGAUCUGCAGCACUCUCAGCGAGAGCGUCAGCGCCUCCACCUCCGUCACCGAAAAGAGAGACCGCAACGGCGAGAGAAGAAUCGAAUUUCGCGAGCUCCGGCCGCGGUCUCCGGCGAGGUUAAGAAACCGGUCCUUUUCCGGCGAGAUGCAUCGCGAGAAAACGGUGGGGAGAUCUCCCGCCAGGAGGUCCGAGCCCUCUCCGGGGCGGGCACGACCCGUACCCGCAUCGUCCGGAUACGGGAGGAGAAGGGAGAAUGGGGAGACCUCCGGGAGAAGGUCGAGGUCUCCGGUGAUGCGGCCGGAGCCGGGUCCCGGGCGGGCUCAAUCAGCGAGGAAAACGGGUAAAUCACCCGGUCGGGUCGCGCCCGGAUCCGCGGAGAAGAUUCGGAAGUUUGAUGGAGGGAAAGAGAGUGGCGACAGCAAAUGGCCACCGACGAGUGCGAGUAACGAGUCACUUGAAAACCCGCUUGUGUCCCUGGAGUGUUUUAUCUUUCUCUAGCGUAGAUUGUAAUUUUGGGAGGGGUACUUUUGGGAUUAUGUUGAAAUGGCGCGACCAAAUAUGCGAUGAUGCCUUACUAUGUUUGCGCUGUAAAUAAAAAAGUCAAAGGUAACUUGCUAAUUUUAAUGAUUUAUUGCGCGAGUAGUUACGGAAAAGGCUUCGUCACUUUAUUGAAUGGACAGUCUUCUUUUCUUUA